CUCGUUGAAAAUGGCUCUUUUUGUGACCUAAUAAUUUUCGGGAAGCUUGUGAAAAACUUGUUUAGUUUCACGAAACUUUAGCGUCGUUUAACUAGCUAAAAUCCAUAUUCCAUACGUACAUUUAUACCAUUUGUUGUGCGUCGCUAGCGUGCGUAUCGCUGUGAUAAUUUGCGAAUUAAUAGUGUGUGUUUAACAAUAACCUUUCGUCAUUGGUGGCCGAGUAUUUAAUUACGUACAAAUUAGUUAACAAAAAAUAUAACAACCACAAUCGUGGGCAGCAUGGCGAAGGAAGAAGACGACGACAACCUCCCGGACAAGGAUGCGGCGAAGGAGUUCUACGCUAAAUACGAGCCGAAGGAGAUAAUUGGAAGAGGCAUCAGUUCAACGGUCAGAAGAUGUAUAGAGAAAGAGACGGGCCGGGAGUACGCUGCCAAGAUCAUUGACCUCAGCCAGGAGUCCCACGAUGGAGUGGACACACACAUCAUGAGGGACGCCACUCGGCAAGAGAUCAACAUCCUGAGAAUGGUCGCCGGACACCCUUAUAUUAUUGAGCUGCAAGACGUGUUCGAAUCGGAAACGUUCAUAUUCUUGGUGUUCGAGCUGUGCAAAAACGGAGAGUUGUUCGACUACCUCACGUCUGUCGUCACGCUGUCUGAGAAGAAAACUAGGUAUAUUAUGAGACAAGUCCUGGAAGGGGUAAAGUACGUGCACAGCAAAAGCAUAGUCCAUCGAGAUUUGAAGCCCGAAAACAUCUUGCUGGAUGACCAGCUCAAUGUCAAAAUCACGGAUUUCGGCUUCGCUAAAGUGCUGAAGGAUGGCGAACGGCUAUUCGAGCUAUGCGGCACUCCAGGCUACCUAGCUCCUGAGACGUUGAAAGCCAACAUGUUCGAAGACGCGCCAGGAUACGGGAUGGAAGUCGAUGUUUGGGCGUGUGGAGUCAUCAUGUUCACCUUACUGGUUGGAUGCCCGCCCUUCUGGCAUCGCAAGCAGAUGGUGAUGCUGAGAAACAUCAUGGAGGGAAAGUACUCCUUCACCAGCCCCGAGUGGGCUGAUAUAUCAGAAGACCCUAAAGACCUGAUCAGGCGGUUACUAGUCGUGGACCCCAACGAAAGAAUCAAUGUGGCCGAAGCUCUCAACCAUGCCUUCUUCCACACCGUGCUAUGGGACCAGGACAUGACCCCUCUGAAGCAGUCUCUCUCGAGCAGCAGUCGGAGGAUGUCUAGGAUCGAACAGCUGACCAUGAUAUGGGCUAUAAAAUCGGGUCGCUUCAACGCCCGCGCAAAACUCCGCCUCGGUUUGCUGACCGUGCGAGCUGCGGUGCGUCUGAGUCGCCUGCCGCAUACUUCUACAAGGGCCUUGCCGUUGGAAGACGCUUUGCGAGACCCGUAUACCAUGAGGGUGCUUAGAAAGGUGAUAGACGGCUGCGCGUUCCGAGUGUACGGCCACUGGGUGAAGAAGGGAGAGGGCCAAAACCGCGCCGCACUCUUCGAGAACACGCCGAAGAUCGAGCUCAAGAGCCUCUACGUCAGCAACCUCAGCCGAUAGCCUGCGAGAGGACAGGGCAACUCCAAGAUACCGCUGGCACCCUGGUCUUUGGUCUUCCAACCACCAGGGUCGCAGAGCCUCGCCGCCGCGCCGCGCGCCGCACGUAGGUUAGUCGCGCGUUCGCAGCGCUAGUUCAAUUAUUGUAUUAACCCGUUACCCGCCGUAACGGAUACCGUUAGCGAUAGCGUUAUUACGUUAUGAAACGUAACCAUUUGUUUUUUAGUUUUAUAUUCGAUUGUUCACGUCUAACAUCAUGGUACAAAUAUUGGCAAUAUAUUGCGUGAUUGUUUUGUGUUACGGUUGUCGAAUUGUGUAGGACUUUUUUCUCUCUAUCUCUCAUUAAAAUAAGGUUCACAAUUCAUAAGUAAUUUAGUAUUAUAUUAUGAUACAGCGUCCUUUGAAAUUAUUGGCUUGCAAAGCAUUUAUUUGCGAAUGUAGGUAAGUCGCAGCCUCAAAAUUAGGCAAUGACAGAUAAUCAUGAGAAUAUUGUGAUAUUACGGUGUAUCAAAUAUUAUACAGUAUAUUUUAAAUACAUCUUUAUAUGAAUGUGUGCAAUAUUAUUCAAGAAAAACAUUAAAAUUAUACAAUAGUUAUUAAAUGUGAAAACGGAAAGUUACAGAUUUUUUAAAAAAAAGGUGCCUUCAUAGUUCUGGUGCGACAUAGUUGAAUAUCCCAAUGACGCCUGUUUUGCUUUGUCCUAUGUUGUAGGAUAUAAAGCUUAGCAAUGUGGCAUAUUAUUCAAAUGCAAUACGUGUGAUUUUGCAACAAGAAUUAGUGCUGUCCUGUCAACUGUCACAGCAUUUUAGACUUCACAUGUUUUACAAUAAGUGCGAUCUAAACAUUGGCAUCUAAUUUCAAUUUAAAUAAACAAGAAUUCUAAGGACUUAGUAGAACAGGUGCUAAUGUAAACCAAUGCACCAAUGCUUCUCUAGUUAAUUGUAGAAAUAGCAAAUACGAAACCACUACCGUGUCAUUAAAUACUAUAUUAAUUAGAAAUACAAUCGUUCAAAUACGAAGUCGUAAAGUACACACAAAGAAAACAAUUUACUUCUAGCUCCUUUUAUCUUGAACUAUUUGAAAGAGCAAUCUAAAAAUGACAUUGAUAUUCUAAAUGUUGUCACUAUAUUUUGAUAUGUAUCCACUGGACAAAUGUGGGCAUUCCACGUCGAUUGUUUUUUUUUCUACACCGGUAAAAAGCUGAUCAGAAUUGUCACCAACUUCGUAUUUGAAAUUACACAGCUAGAAUAGCAUAUAACUUUAUUUACUUGCAUAUUGUUAUAUUACUGUAUGUAUCUAAAAAUAUAGUACCAUAAUAAAACUGAAAAUAUUUUAUAUUUAUGUGGUAUCUGAUAUCACCAGAAGUUUUGUUAUUUAUAUUUAUUUAUUUCACAUAAUAUUUUGUGGUUUAGAUAACUAUUUGUAUUUACACAAGUGUUUGAAACAUCUCAAUUAUUUUUAUUAUUUAAGAACCACUUCGUCCUUCCCCUAGCAAUAAUCACAUAGGUACAUAUACCAAGAAUAUAAGAAAUUACUAAUAUUAAGUAGUAUAGUAUAGUAUUCGUGUGCAUUGUAAGAGUGUAAAUAUUGCGUAGUCGUAGCAAUAUAGCGCUUGAAAGCAAUAUUUUGUCGAUAUAUUAAACUAUAUUUACGUAAGCAAUGUGAUGUGGUUGAACAGUAAUAUAAUGUUACUGCUAGUUAGACGAAAUUUUAACUUUUUUGGGAUAUUUUUGCCAAUAUUUUGAAUAUUACCAACUUGUAUUUUGGUAGAACAAUUUACCUACUUUAAAGCUUAGUAAAGUUGAGGUUAUGUGGUUCUACUUAUCACCACAAUUUGAACUCUUUUCACUUGUCUUAAAGUCAGGUUGUCAUUGAACGUUAUAGGCAUCGAAUCACACAUACGUAGACUGCGCUGCGCGAGCCAUAUUUUUGCUUGAGACGCGUACAAGGCUCUCCAGUAUCAUAUAAAUAACACCAGCGCUAUGUAGUGUGAAUGAACUGAACACCCUAAUGCUUAAAAAACGCUUCCUGACUAGGGUUCCUUUGAGUAAUCAAUGAGUUGUCGCUUUAACCACAAAUGUCUGACCUAUAUCCGUUUCCCACAAAAAGGAACCUUUUUCUUUUGUUGGUUGCUAUACAGAGUGUAAUCGAAUUAACGCAAAAUCGUGUACACAUUGCUAAUCCACAUAAAUUAUGCAAAUGGUAUUGUUAGUAACAACUUUUAUCAGAUCUUGCGUUAGAGCAUUUACAAACUGUAUAGUCUUCGAUUAUUUUGAACGACGACUCAAUGUGAACUCUAUAUUUUAAAAAAUACAGUUUAGAAAUGAUGUUUUAAACAUUUAUGGUAUACAUAGAUCAAUAACCCAUCUCCCAUGCAAAAGAUCUUGAAUUAUUUAUUUAAAAUGUACUUGAGUACGUCACCAAAAGGCUGAAUUUCCACAGCGAAUUUAGAAUUCUACGUAUUGACACAUCCGGUUUAAAAUCAAUUUAAAAGCCAAUUUUUGACCAUUGUUUUUGUGAGUUUCUUCAAGGAAAUAUUUGAUUAUUUCUUAAUAGUGUCAGGUCCCUAUUAGGAAACUGGGUUUCAAACUGUAUUUUGUACAAUUUAUAAGUAAUUAAUAACCAAAAAUGAGAGAUCAAUUUGAGUGUAAUUUACAUAA